AUGAAGAAUUCAAGAGAAACUCUAGUUAAUCACCAAAUAUUAUUCAACUUUACAAAGAGAAAUGAAUUAAAAUAUUCUUAUUUCUCAUCGUAGUCUAGAGAGUUGAAUUUGUCUUUUGUGAAAAAAUAGAGAUAAAAAACUACAUAGUAUUUUAUUGUAUUAGAAUUCUUAUCAACCAAAUUAUAAUAAUAAGUAUUCAUAAACGCAACAAUAUGAGUAAGAUAUAAACAAACUACAAAUAGGAAACCAAAAUUUUGCCAAUAAGAGUGGAACUAAAUUACGCUGCCCAGUAGUGCCAUAAGAGAGGUUGCUUUUGAUACAGCUGCUUAUUUGAGAGAAAAGAGAAAAUUAUGAAUUCAUUUAUGACCCAAUAAGAAAUAGAAAGAAUUACAAGAAUUUCCCUUAGGAAAUG